CUCACCACGAUUUCCGGGUUCAAUCCCAAUAUCUCGUUCUUCCCUGCCAAACGAGUCAAGGCGAUCAACGAAAGACUGGGGCAUAACCGACUAGACCAACUACUCGAACAAAUCCGCGCGCUCGUUUCAACGAAGAUCAAGACCGCCUGUGCCAUUCCGCAGUCUUAUAUUCAGCGGCGGCACUCGCUAAGCCAGAGCCACCAGUUUCCUGAUUGGGCCAGCAUCCAAGCUCAUAUCUCUGGUUUGUUACUAUCCACUUCUAUCAGACCUUCAGCCUAUUUCGAAGCCGUUCACCCAGUCUAUCCGUUUCUGUCCCCCGACACAUUCCGUCAGAAAGCCACAGCCGAGGACCUACCCCAUCUGCUUGCUGCUGACCGCGCUUGGGCGGCAUUGUUCUAUGCAAUUGUUGCCAUUGGAUGCCAGAACAACGAAGGAGGCAGCUUUGAGGUUGGAGUGGGUGAGGCCUGGCAAUACUUCGAGCGGUCGUUGUCGUAUUUUCCAGACUUGGUGUUCGGUCGCGGCUCAUUGACUGCAGUUCAGGCAAUCUUUUCAUCCACGGUGUCUGCCUUCCAAUUCGAACCCCUCAUGUUGUCAGAAGCCAGCAUGAUGGCGCAGGCACUGGGCUACCACCGCUCGAACGGGGUGCAAGAAACAGCUCACCGGCGCACCUUCUGGGUGCUCUACUAUCUUGAAAAGACCUCAUGCUUUGGCACGGCAAGGAACUCAGUCAUCGACGACUCCAACAUCAGUUGCGCCAUUCCCGACGUGCUCGAAUCUUCCUUUGGCGACUACGACUGGUUCUUCUGCUUCAUCAAGUACGGCCGUCUGGUCUCGAAAGUCCACCAGUCGCUCUUCAACGUCAGCGCCGUGAGCCAGCCCUUGCAUACGUACAACUCCACCGUGAACAGUCUACGUUCGGAGCUAGAGACCUGGCGUCUGGCGAUCCCCGCCCGAUUCCGGCCGGGCGAGGUCCCGAAACCUCGUCUCUUGCGUGAGCCCUUGGCUCUCAAGAUCGCCUUACUCACGCACUACCUGUACUUCCACGCUCUUCUCACCCUAUCGUGGACCAUCCUCCACGUAGGGACCGCGCGGGUCGCGGCGGCGCAGCAGGACGUUCUGAAACGAGAACUGUUGCGCACGGCGAGAAGUGUUCUUGAACUGACGGCCUUCAUUGAGGUGGCGCCCUCGACGCCUGUUUGUCGGAUUGAGUAUGCCAGCAAAGGAGCACUUCCCGGUUCUCUGGUGGCCGAGUUCGCCCACCUCGCCCGACAGUACGUGUCGGACGUCAGGACUGGCAAAACGCAGGCGGGCGGCGAGAUUAUCCGCGCGCGGAGGUCUGUCGAGAAAGGAGCAGCAGGAGCAGCAGCGCCCGUCGUCACUGAGGGAGGGGUUCUGGCAUCGACGACCGCCCUUGGUGUCCCAGUUGGCAAUCCGUUGAUGGAUGCCAAUCGGCCCCAAGAGAUCGAGCUCGAUCCGACGGCGCCCGUCCAGCCCUGGAGUCCGGCCUCGUUCGACCCUAUCUUCUUUCCGCUGCUCGAUGAUCCGAGCUAUGCGCUGGAUGACGUGCAGUGGUUGGGGAUAGAUGUUAUGGGGCUUUUUGAUCAGUUGUAUUGA